AUUUUUAAAUAAACCCUUCUGACAGCUACGGUGAGAUCCCGCGAUCUGCGACUCCGGAGCCAUCUCGAGUCGCCGUCGCCGCCGCCGCAGCCGUCUUCAACUCCGAUCUCGAAACUGUGAUUGCAGAAGAGACUGCGCUUCCGAUUAGCAUCAUCUCUCUGCUUAAUUCCAAGUUUUCAGUCUUCAAUUUCACUAAAUUUGCGCAAAGCCACUUUUCAACUCCAGAAACCCUAAAUCUCGACGCGUUUUUCGUUUUUUGGUAAAUUACCACACGUCAUGGUUCGGAAUUGCGGCUUUUUUCGUCAAUAAUCUGCAAUUAUUCAUUGAUUACGCGAAUGGAUCAAGGUGAGAAAUCGGCGCUCCAGGAAAAACCGGCGCCGAAGCGCGGGAUUUUGGGGGUGAUUUUCAGUCCUUUCAAGUGGUUGAGGAAGCUGAGCGAUGAACUGCACUGGAGCUUCGUGUUGGGAGUAGUGAUCGUGUACGGAAUCAAUCAGGGGCUGGCUUUAGGUCUGAGCAAAGUGAGCACGCAGUACUACAUGAAAGAUGAGCAGAAAUUGCAGCCGUCGGAAGCUCAGGUGUUCCAUGGAAUGAUCAUGAUGCCAUGGAUUGUGAAGCCUCUGUGGGGCCUUCUUACAGACGCUGUUCCAAUCUCCGGACAGAGAAGGCGGCCUUAUUUCAUCCUCGCCGGAAUCAUUGGCUCCGUAUCCAUGAUUAUUCUAUCUCUGGAAAAGAACAUACUCCUCGGAUUCGCACUUCUACUUCUAAUGUCUGGAAGCGCUGGUGCCGCCAUAGCAGAUGUGACUAUCGAUGCCUGUGUGACCGAGAACAGUAUUGGCCAUCCUUCUCUUGCCGGGGAGAUGCAAAGCUUGUGCGGAUUGUGCUCGUCUGUUGGCCAAUUGAUCGGAUAUGCAAUCAGUGGCUUUCUUGUUCAUUUAAUUGGAUCCAAGGGCGUGUUUGGAGUUCUAAGUAUUCCAGCGGGACUGGUGAUUUUGGUUGGAAUAAUAAUACAGGAUCCAUUGAUACGCAAUGCUUCUUACAAGCGAAUUAGUCAGAAAUUUUUAGAUGCUAGUCGCGAUAUGUGGAUGGCUCUAAAAUGCCCUGCAGUUUGGAGGCCGUGUUUGUACAUGUACGUGUCGCUAGCCAUGAGUCUCCACAUUCAUGAAGGCAUGUUUUAUUGGUACACCGAUGCGAAAACUGGCCCCUCUUUUUCCCAGGAAGCUGUCGGGUCUAUAUCAGCUGUAGGGGCAGUCGGGGCUCUCCUAGGGGUACUUCUCUAUCAAAAUGCUUUCCGGAACCACCCUUUUCGCCGAGUCCUUUUCUGGGCUCAAUUGCUGUAUGGUGCAUCGGGAAUGCUAGACUUAAUACUCGUUUCUCGUUUAAACUUAAUCUUCGGUGUGCCCGACUAUUCUGUCGUCGUGUUAGAUGCAGCUGUUUCUCACAUGAUCGGGCGCCUGAAAUGGCUGCCCCUUCUUGUUCUGAGCUCUAAGCUGUGUCCCUCGGGUAUCGAAGGCACAUUCUUCGCCCUACUAAUGUCGAUCGAUCAUAUAGGUUCGUUUUCGGCAGCGUGGGCCGGAGGGCUUCUGCUACACAGCCUAAAUGUGACGAGAACCUCAUUCGAUAAUCUUUGGAUCGCUAUUGUGAUAAGGAGUGUUUUCCGGAUUCUUCCGGUCGGGAUUCUGUUUCUGAUCCCGAGCAGCGACCCUAACACGGCUAUACUUCCUCCAGAGAUGCUGAGAUCUAAGAAGGGUAAUAACACGACAGAGGCUAAUAAUGUGGUCGAAAUGGCGCCGCUCGUUGAUAUAAUCAACGACGACUGAUUGACCAUGCAAGUUUUGCUCAACUUCGCUGGGAUGUAUGUUUCAGACAACCAAACAGAAUCGAACAUCGGUGAAGAUCCCGCAUAGAUGGGUAAAAGUAAGCACUUAUUUCUACCCGAUCCUUACUGUUACCCGGGAAAUGUAACAUUCAUUGAUUACUUACUAUCCCUUUGUAUCAGCACAUAUUUGUAACAAUAUCGCAUUUGUAAUGCAGCAGUUGUCUAACCGAAUCUAGUUCGACUUUUACUAUGUAUCAAUAAGUUGUAACCGACCGGAUUUAUUCAUGACAAUGGUAGCUGUUUUAACCAUUCCUUGA